GAGGGAUCUUCUCCUGAAAUCCCUAGUCUAGAAAGAAAGAAUAAGAGAAGAAAAAUCAAAGGUAAAAAAGAACGUUCUCAGGUAGACCAGUUGCUGGCUAUUUCGCUGAGGGAAGAAGAGUUAAACAAGUCCCUGCAUAGUGUGGACAGCAGUCUCUUGCAGGCUAGGGCUGCCCUGCAGGCUGCGUAUGUUGAGGUUCAACGGUUCCUUGUAUUAAAGCAACAGAUCACCAUGGAAAUGAGUACAUUGAGAAGUCAGAGAAUCCAGAUCUUGCAGGGGCUACAAGAAACAUAUGAACCUUCUGAACUAUCAGAGCAACUUUCCUGCAGUGUCUUAAAUGAGAGAAGAAAUAGCAAAUCUCAGAUGGCAACUGACUUAAUUCCUGCAGGCUCCUUCCUGCCCCUUUUAGACACUUUGCCAUCACCAUUCCAGUCUUCUGGCAUCACACCUGCUGCUCCUCCUGACUCCUCAGUACAAGUUAAACGAGAACCUGUGUCUCCAAAAGGCUCAGAAGAAAAUGUGAACUCUGUACUCCAGAGCUCUCCAUGUGCUUCACGAGCAGAAGAAGUGGAGCAGAAGGAUGAAGAGACCAACCAGAAAACUUCAGUGUAUCCAGUUAUCUCUGCAACCAUAUCCCUAUCAGAGCUGGCAGCUUGUUUUCAACAUGCUAAUCAAGAUGUUCACAAGCCUGCUGUGGACAGGGGAAAGGCUGGACUUCCCGAGAACCCUUCUCCUCAUUCACCAUCUGUUUUCAGCAAGAGAGAAGCAAAUGACACAGUUACUGAAAGCUUUUUACUGGAUCAGUGUAGUGCUUCUCUGCCAAAGCGCUCAGUCCUUCUAGAAAUGCCGAUGGAUAAAACCCCCAAAUUGUCAGCAGAACCAUCCGAGCAACAAGUGGCAACCACUGUAGUCCCAGCAGAGAAAGGGAACAGGAGGAGGAGAAAGUUAAGGAAGAAGAAAACUCUGAGGGCAGCCCACGUGCCAGAGAACAGUGAUACAGAACAGGAUAUCAUUGACUCUAAGCCUGUCCGGAAAGUCAAGGGUGGAAAGGUUCCUAAAGGAGAAAAGGUUACUACAUCCACUCCUCCAAGACAGGAGGAUGGUGCUAGUGCUCAAACGGCAAGAAACAAAGAUGAGAAUGACAGUGAUGCUUCUCUGGAACUAGUGGAAGUUCCAGCACCCCAGUGUGAGGUUGUUGACGUUGGUUCAUCAGAGUCGGGAGAUGAAAAACCAGACAGUCCAUCAAAGAGGGAUUCACGCAGCUCUGUCGAUCAAGCAGUCCUAGAGGCAUCUUGCUCUGGUUAUGAUGAAGUGAGCUCUACCAGUGAGAUUGGCACAAAUUAUAGGGAUGAUAGGAAAAGAAGUGUGGCUGAGACACAGACUUCCAUAUCAUCACUAAGAGGAUCAAAGAACUCAUCAGAAGUGUCUUCAGAGCCAGGUGAGGAUGAAGAACCUACAGAGGGAAACUUUGAGGGACACCUGGCUGCAGUGAAUGCUAUUCAGAUUUUUGGGAAUUUGUUGUAUACCUGCUCAGCAGACAAAACUGUGUGUGCCUACAAUCUGGUUAGCAGGAAGUGUGUGGCCAUCUUUGAAGGACAUACUUCAAAAGUGAACUGCCUCCUGGUCACUCAGACGAAUGGGAAGAAUGCUGCACUCUACACUGGCUCAAGCGACCACACUAUCAACUGUUACAAUAUCAAGACCAGAGAGCGCAUGGAACAGUUUAAAUUGGAAGAUCGAGUGCUCUGUUUACACAGUAGAUGGCGGAUCCUUUAUGCAGGCCUUGCAAAUGGCAGUGUGGUUACUUUCAGCAUAAAGAACAACAAGCAGGUUGAUACCUUUGAAUGCCAUGGCCCUAGAGCAGUGAGCUGUCUAGCCACAGCUCAGGAAGGAGCACGCAAGUUGUUGGUAGUGGGCUCCUACGACUGUACCAUCAGCGUGCGAGAUGCAAGGAACGGACUACUUCUCAGAACCCUGGAAGGUCACAGCAAGACUAUACUCUGCAUGAAGGUUGUGAAUGAUCUGGUAUUCAGUGGCUCCAGUGAUCAGUCUGUCCAUGCCCACAACAUUCACACUGGAGAGCUGGUACGGAUCUACAAAGGCCAUAACCAUGCAGUAACGGUUGUGAACAUUCUUGGGAAAGUGAUGGUGACAGCAUGUCUGGAUAAAUUUGUUCGUGUUUAUGAAUUGCAGUCGCACGACCGCUUGCAGGUCUAUGGAGGCCACACGGAUAUGAUCAUGUGUAUGACCAUCCAUAAGAGCAUGAUCUACACUGGAUGCUAUGAUGGCAGUGUUAGAGCUGUGAGGCUUAAUCUGAUGCAGAAUUAUCGUUGCUGGUGGCAUGGAUGUUCACUGAUCUUUGGAGUUGUGGACCAUCUGAAACAACACUUGCUAACUGACCACACCAACCCAAAUUUUCAGACCCUAAAAUGUCGUUGGAAGAACUGUGAUGCUUUCUUUACUUCCAGGAAAGGUUCCAAGCAGGAUGCUGUAGGACACAUAGAAAGACAUGCUGAAGAUGACAGCAGGAUUGACUCAUGAAGCUUUUCACCUCCCACAUUGGGAAGUAAUUUUAUACGUCAGAAUUAUUCCAAAUAAUAGCAGUUUCCUACUCCAGUCUUUCCUCUUUCUUUUCCCACGUGGAAUGCAAAAAUGGAGUGGGCCUGAAAUGCCGUGCUACAGAGACUGCAGGUUGUGUUGCACUCUGUAGAAAUUAGGCUGGUCAAUUAAUAUGUGGCCCAAACGGAAAAUUCUUGCAAGUUUUUAAUUCAUUGACAGAUAAGAAUAUUCCCUCCUCUUGUCUCC